AUAAUCUUUAAAAUAAUCUCAACGUGUUUGCUUUUUUUUGAUUGUCUUUUUUUUUGCUUGUUAAUUGUUGAUUGUUUUUUUUAAUUAUUUAUUCAUUUUGUUAAUUGUUUUCUCUAAUUGUUUGUUUUCUGCAUUUUGCUUUUAUUCUUGUUGCACUUGGACUUGUUUCUGUUUGGUUGUUGUGUUAAUCUUUUUAACGUUGUGUUGAAACCUCAUUGUAAUGGCUUCUGAUGCAAUUAGGGUUUAUCGUCAUGCCUAUUUGAAAAGUGCUGAGAUCGUUGAUACUGAAUAUAAUUUACUAAUCCAUGUACAACCUUUACACCAUUUAAUCGCCUCUCUAUGUGGCUCUCACCUUAUCUGGAAGGUGGAAACACUAUUACCCACCCUUACCCGGCAUCCGAGGAUGAGUCAGGAUCACGUUUUCCAUAUAAUCUGUUGCCUUAUGUCAACCGAAAUGAGUUACAAUCUAUUUAAACUAAAUGACAUUUGGUCUUUUCUAUUGAAAAAUUUUUUCCAAUCCUGUUGUAUUAAAUAUGAAAUUCUAGCCGAUUUCAUGACCAACCUUAUUGGCAAUGGUUUCUACAAGGAGGCCAAAAGUGAAUACAAUUCAGUUUGGGCAAAAAGGACCAUGACUUAUGUAACCGAAGACAUUUUUGAACAAAUUGCCAACUCUUGUGUGGCUCUUUGUGAUUAUAUGGUUUGUGUUGAUGAAUUAAGCUCUUCAUAUCAACCAUCACAACAAAAUUACAUGAUUUUGGAUCAAGUUGUUAACAUUUGGAAAACAAUUCUAAAAAACAAACCCGGUCCUUUAGAUUUUUUAAUUCCUCGUAUUCUUGACAUUUAUAUUCAUAAUAAUGAGAUUGAUGAAGCUCUCGAAUGUCUAAUUGCCUACAAAGAUCUUAACAGUGACAAUUUAAACGCUUAUAUUUACAUAUUCAAGUUCUUAGUAAAAUAUAAAAAAGCCGAUCCAAAAUCAGAGAAAAUUAUUGAGGAUUGUUUUCAUAAAGUUGCUCAACUUUCACCUUGUUCACCUUUAAUCAUUGAAAUGUUGGAUUACUGUAAAGUUGGUUCUCGUUAUACUUGUACUAUCCUCAUGGAAUUUGUUGAUUUCUUUCAUAACAAAGAAAAUCUUGAAGCAUGGAAAAAGUUGUGUAUUCACCUUGAAAGAUUGGACAUUUUGGAAUGGGAUACAAUCAAAGAGUCUUACAAAUCAAUUUAUUCGAGUUAUUGGCCUGAAUAUCAUUGGAAAUCACUUGAAUCUCGAGAAUCAUCUGAGUUAUUAGAAUGGAAAGAAAAAGUUUAUCAAAUGUUAGUCAGUAAACCGAAAAAUCUAAAGCAUAGAAAAAAUUCUUUCAAAGUACCAUUUCGUCAGAAGAAAAUUAAAUACGAAGAAAAAAGAUAAUUUAAAGACAAUCAAGCAUCCAAUCGACAAUCUACAAACUGUAACAGUUUAACUGUUACUUCAAGUUGGACUUACAAAACUUAUCGCUCAGGUUACCUGUUUGUUUCCCUCAUUUUAACCAUGGUAACUGAGUGACCGGGAAAUGUCAACAUAUCACCACCUUCAAAGGAGGAGGAGGAGGAAAGAGACAGAGAGAGGAGUCGAUAGACUCGGAAGUAAUACAGAGAAUAGCCAAAGAUUUGAUUACCUCUUGAUCGGUGGAUUUUGUUUCUCUCUUAUUGUUCAACCAAUUCUGGUCUCAAUCAAAGUUUUUUAGUUGAUUUAUUUUGUAAUUCGCGUGGUAAUUACUUAAUUUAAUCAAUUUCCUUUUUUUUUGUGCAUCGUUCACCAAGCGGAUUAAUCAGUUACAAAGAAUUGGUGAAACUUUCUCAAUAUUCUUAAAGUGAAACUUUUUGUUCUUGAUUUAACUUUUAAUUUUGAUUCAUUGUUUGCUACUCGGAUUUAAUCACACAAAUGGGUUGUGGAGCAGCAAAAGCCACUCAAACAUCAGAAGGACCUCAAAAUAGUAUCAAUGAAAAGAACAAAAUUCUGGACUCAAUAGCCCAAGAAGACAAUAAUAAUAAAGUAUCCGAUCGACCACCAACUCCAGGUAACAUGCCCAAACCAGUUGCAUUCGAGAUACCAAUCGAUCCAUCGGUGACCGAUGGCGGCGGAGAUGAAGAAUCAAUUGUUAAGAAACAUCCACCAAAACGAUUGGCACGAUUAGAGGAGCAAAGGGCUUCGAUUCCGACAGUUGAUGAUAUUAAAGAAAAAAUAGCGAAAGCGGAAGAAAGGAGACAAGAAAUAAUAGAGGAAAAAGUUGCUAAAGCUCGAGCUGUUCAGGCCAAAGCUCAAGGAGAAAAGUCUAGUCAAAAAAGUAGCAGUAGUGAUGAUACAACAGGUUCCAAUAGUAAUAAGAGUGAGGACAAAAAAACUACUGAUGAAUCAAAAGACAAAGCCAAAGAAAGUGAUGGAAAUACUAAUGAUACCAAUAAUAAUGACACAAUUAACAGUAACAAUUCAAAUUCAGUUGAUAAAAACAGCACCAAUGGUAAGGAUAAAGUGGAAACCAAAAGCAACGAUUCUAAAAGUGAUGAUAAAUCUAAUGACAGUUCAUCAAAAGAAGCAACAUCAAUUAAGGAUAAAGUCGAUUCUUGAAGAGAAAUCAAAAACAAUCAAUUGAUUCUUGAGCUCUCGGACAAACAAUUUCAAUCAACUAAUAUACUUAAUCAAGGAUUAUUACAAUUAUUAUUAUCAAUAUUAUUAAUACCUUAAAUUGAUCAAUCAUUUUCAUUGUGUACAGUAUUUGAACAGUUUUUUUCAUCUCCUAACCAAGUCAAUUGCCUCCUUUUGAACAUUAACCCCAACUACUAAUUAAUUAUAAUAAUUACGACAUUUUUAAACUUCCAAGUAAUUUAAAAUAUCAUGUUGAUAACUAUGAACUCCCAGGAAUCAGGAUAAACUUUUAUUAUAAUUAGACAAUAAUGUCUCUUGAAUGUGCGUGAGACAAAUAUCAUCAACAUUAAUGAUGAUGUUUAUGAUAACCAUAAACGAGACAAAAUUGAUGACAACAAUCAACGAAUUUCAAGCGAAAAAAAAUCAAAUUUAAUCGUAACAAUUAAACGAAAAUAAAACUCCCUUUGUAAUCUCAUACUAAAAAUUUUUUCCAUUCUUGUCCUAUUAAAAUAAUCAUUUCUUUUUUUUUCCACAAAAGAAUUAA